UAGAGAGAGAGGGAGAGAGCGCGAUGGAUGGCCCACAUAUGUGGCCAAUCGUUGCCAAGAGAAUUCGGCUCUCUGCUCCGCCUUCCUCGACACUCACGCUCAGCCAACGUCCGCGGGAGACAAGGAUGCCUGAGCAUCUGCUUUUUCUUCUCAUCGACAAACAGUAAAGUGGAAACUCCACGCGGAGCUCGUCCGGUAACUUGGUAUACGGGUUCGUCUUGAAUAGGUAUAGGAAUUAGCUGGUCAGACUCGUACAUUUUGAUGCAUCUCGCGAGAAGGCUAAGGAUUGUCAACCUUCAGUCAUAAUAAUCCUCUGGCAACCGACACAUCGCUUCGCUGGUGGUGAACUUGAGCUUCAACAUGCCAUAGUCGUCUUUGAACCAUAUGAGCCAAAUAAACACAGCGGUACGACCGGUUUCGUUGGAAAUUGCCCAUGGCGAGCCGUCCUUCGCGACUAUAUCUCUUUUGCCGAGCUCGAUCAUUUUGCCAAACUCGGCCAUGAAGUUCCACGACGCGUGGAGCUGUCCACUAGAGAUGGUGUUCAGGACUAUAUCGACGCUGCGGUUGUACGUUGCACGCUUCAGGUCGAUGGCGAAGGAAUCUUCACGGAACCGGAAUGUGAUGCUAUUGUCCCAG